CUCUCCCAGCCGCGGGCCUCCUGCUCCCCUCGCCGGGGGUGCCCGGGCGCGGAGCUGGGAGCAGACCUCUCCGGGGUGUCCCCCCUUCCCCCCUGCUCCCCCAGCUGGAAACGGCUCGUCCCAAGUCGUCCUCCCAGGCUCAGAGGCUCAGUGUAGACGGUGACUUGGCGUCUGGGAGACAUCGGUGACUUGUCAGAAGUUGCCACUGAUUGACCGCGACACCCCCUCCCCUCGUUUUGUCUCCUACGUUUUUCAUCAUUGAGAGAUGUCUGCAGAUCGCGUUAAAAACGGGUUUUGAGAGUCACAUGCAGCCGCCCGAGGCAGAGGGAAUGCAGACUUUCUGAGUUUGGCUCAGCAAAGUGGUGACCAUUUUUGAGGCGACACCCCGAGACCCUGGAGCGCAGCGUCUCGGCCUCCUGGGGCUCGGGCGCCCGGAGACAUGCGACCCAAGCGAGGCCUGGUCCCAGAGUCCGCAGAGCAUCAUGGCUACAGGUCGGGGUCCGGUUGGGUCUUUGUCUUCUGAGGAUCAUGAUUUUGACCCCACGGCUGAGAUGUUGGUCCAUGACUAUGAUGACGAAAGAACUCUUGAGGAAGAGGAGAUGAUGGACGAGGGUAAAAACUUCAGCUCUGAAAUUGAAGACUUAGAAAAGGAAGGAAGCAUGCCUCUGGAAGACCUGCUGGCCUUCUACGGCUACGAGCCCGUGCUGCCCGCCGCGGUGGAGCCCAGUGCCCACAGCUCCCCAAGUGAACUUGCCGACGAGCUGCCAGACAUGACACUGGACAAGAUCCCUGGGAAGCGUCCCUCGCCUUUCCGAGCUCAGGCAGGGAGAGGAAUCCACAUCUUGGAACCUCUUCCUGAGGAAAUAGCAAAAGACCUGUUGUCAGGUGACGACGAGGAGACGCAGUCCUCCGCAGACGACCUGACGCCGUCUGUGACUUCCCACGAGGCUUCCGACUUCUUCCCGAGGCCUUUGCGCUCAAAUACUACUUGUGACGGAGAUAAAGAAUCAGAGAUUGAAGAUGUUGAAACAGACAGUGGUAACUCACCUGAAGAUUUGAGGAAGGAAAUAAUGAUCGGUUUACAAUAUCAGGCUGAGAUCCCCCCUUAUCUGGGAGAGUAUGAGGAUGAUGAGAACGCGUCUGAAGAUGGAGACCAGCUCCUUUGGCGUCCCGGUGUGGUGGCGGAGAGCAAAGUGAAGGAGUACCUUGUCGAGGCCGCGUUCAGAACUGGCAAUGAGAAGAUGGUGGACAGGGUUUCGGCCGGAGCGCUCACCAGGGACAAUGAGCAGGCAUUAUAUGAGCUGCUCAAGUGUGACCAUGACAUCAAGGAGGCAGUCGAGCGGUAUUGCCGCAGCGGAAAGGCAUCUCCGGAGGGAAUGACUGCAUGGACAGAAGAAGAAUGCCGGAGCUUUGAACACGCACUCAUGAUCUUUGGAAAAGACUUUUAUCUUAUACAGAAGAACAAGGUGAAGACCAGAACGGUGGCGGAGUGUGUGGCGUUCUACUACAUGUGGAAGAAGUCUGAGCGCUACGACUACUUCGCGCAGCAGACGCGGUUCGGGAAGAAGCGCUACAACCACCACCCCGGAGUGACGGACUACAUGGACCGCCUGGUGGAUGAGACAGAAGCUCUGGGGGGGACGGUCAGUUCUCCCGGCUUAACCGCCACCCGCCCUGACCCUGUUCCCGACCCGCAGCUGAACAUCCUCAACUCCUUCACCGCAGGGGACUUGACAGCCUUGACCGGCAGCGCCGCGCCCCCCGGGGCUGUGAGCUGCGUGGAGGAGGGCUUUCCUCCCCUGGGCAGCAUGCCCCGCGGCCCAGUGACUCCCGUGCCUGUGGUGACGGAGGAGCUGCUCGCCCUGCCCAGCAACGGGGAGAGCGACUGCUUUAACCUGUUUGAGACUGGGUUUUACCCCUCGGAGCUGAACCCCAUGACCCUGUGCAGUGAGGAGUCCGAAAGGCCAGCAAAGAGAUUGAAAAUGGGCCUUGCCGUUCCCGAACCCUUUAUGAGUGAGGUUUCUGUGAAUAACCUGGGUGUGGACUUUGAAAGCCACACACAUCACAUUGCCAGUGCCAAAAUGGCCGUGUCCGUGGCUGACUUUGGCAGCCUGUCCACCAGCGAGGCCAAUGGCUUCAUCAGUGCCCACGCCCUGCACCAGCACGCCGCCCUCCACUCCGAGUGACCGGCAGCGGCCUGCAGCCCAGUGAGCGCGAGGACACGUUGGGCUGGCUUAGUCUUUCACUGGAAGCUUGAACGUUUUCACUAUGACGUCAGUGAUGUCAGCAUGUAUAGAACUCUAUCUUGAUUUAUCAAGAGUAUUUUCAUUUCUCAAUCCAUAAAUGUGGAAAACCAUGAGCAGCAGAGCUGGGAACGAAGAUUGGACUCCGUGCAGCUUUAAGCUCUGCUCUCUCCCUCACCUCCCAGGCCUCUCCCUCACCUCCUUUCCAGUCUCUUCUGCUCCCACGUUUAAAACCUGUAGACAGGCCACCAGCUCAAAACCAGCACAUGUUCAGGACCGAAGGGAGUGGCUUCUCGUGUAAGUUCCUUUUGCCGUAAUGGAUGCAGUGGAAUAAGUGUUUACAGGUGCCGACCCUGAUCCCUGCUAAAUGUAGCAUUUUUUGGUUUUCUUAAUUAAGCAAAAGCAGGGGUAGGUUUCUUAAAACUGCACAGACAUGCAAAGGUUUUUUAAAAUGGAAACUUCUCUCAUGUUAUUCAGCUAGAGCACUUCCGUUUACAAACAGCACGUCCACCUCUGGGAGCCGGCGAGGGGCUGUGCGCAGAGCGCAGAUGCUCGGAUGUUUCUGGAUUCUCGGCCAGGGCACCUUCCGCAGAAUGGCUUGUUUUACUGUCGGGAGAUUUAUGAACUUCAUUGAUUGCUACAGAUUGGGCGUGUGAAGAUGUGUAUCCAGAUGGGCUUUGUCCACCCUGGUCAAGGCUGUGAUUGGAAAAGCCACACCGGCCACCGAUGGCAGAGUCUGUCCUGGGCAGUGGCCUGGCGGGCAGCUCCUGUUUACAUUGCGGGACGCGUUGGCAGCACUGCAGUUCAGCGUGGAUGCCGAGGAGGGACGCUGGGGUUCUGCACGCGGCAGGAGAACCUUCAAGUAGACUUACAUGUUUUUUUUUUAAUUUGAACAGGUGACAAGAAAAAUGUGAGUUACUACCUGAACUAGAACGGUACUUGACCACUUUCAGUUAUAAGCAGGUUUAGGCACUCAGAUGCGCUCGAGCUCAGUUUUACUCCAUCGCAGACAUCAUGUGACCGAGAGGCUGUUGUCAGAAACCUCGGCCAUUGUGCUCCAUUGACACGCAUCGCAGUGAUCAGGUGAACUGACAACAUGCAGUACAGUAUUAGGAUGGACUGAGCUUUGCUUUUCUAUUUCAGUUAAGACACAGACUGACUUUUCUAUUUGCACCGCCUUUAGAAUCUUCUGUUUGUGCGAGUGUCUGGCUUUGCAGACGGCUGAAACGUGUGGCCGCAUUGCCGAUCGUGUGAGUCUCCGUCACCUCGAGGUGGUGCUGGCGCGUAGGUAGAUGGUAGCGACCUUAGCCGCGUGGGCAGGGAGGGUAUUUAUUACACAGACUGUGAACUGCAAUGACAUCCUGGGUUUGGAUGAAGCGUAGUCUUGUUUUCUUUGCAGCAUUUUAAUGAAGAUUGUUUUGAAGUGUUUACACAGGAUAGCACAUUGACCAUAAACUUUAGUUUAGCACAGUGGACAAAAGUAGGUAAGUUAAUAACUUAAAAUCAGUCUCUAAUUUAUAGAUCUGAAGCCUAGCAUUCCUGUGUGCCCACAGCAGCUAGGGGCAGCCUGGGCUGCGUGCUGCCCAUAGCUGCUGUCAGCGUUAUCUGCGCUGUCAGCGUUGACUGCUGUGGUGGUGUGCUAAGCUUUGGACCUUAAUUCUUUUGUUAAGAAUCAGUACAACUGCUAUGAUUUAGUAAGAUACUGGCCAUAAUCUUCCAUUGUUACGACUUUAAUUUUCACUAGGUUUACAGUGGCUGGUCGGUGUGACGUAAUUUACACAGAGAUGGUCCAGCGCUAACACCAGCCACGCUGAGAGCACGCCCAUGCCCGGCACCACGGUCUAGUCAGUGUAGCGAUGCAUCGCUGGGGCUCGAUCAGGAUGGAAACGCUGUUUCUUAUCGCAGGUUUUGAUGAUCAGCAAGUGGAAUGGACACGUCUGAAUAAAGAUUUUUGACCAAAAUUCAGAAAAUGAUAUGAGAGAAACAUAAACUCCAGCUAGUUUCAUAGAUGUUUAAAUGCCAAGCUGGCUCAGCCUCUUAGAGAGUGCUGGCAGGCUGGCCAUGUUUACUUUUAAUUCCUUAUUAAAAUGAGGCAAUAAUCUGCAAGAUUUUUGUAUAUAUGUGUAAAUUCUUCCUAUCUUUUUAGAUCUGAUUCCGUAUUUUUUGACUGCGUCUGCCAUGUAUAAUACCAUUUUUGUGCAUGCUUGAUGUGACAUACAUAAACUAUACCACUUUGUCCAUGUAAAAUAGCUAUUUAUUGAAUUUUCUUUUAAAAGCUGGAUUGACUGUUUCCCCCUCUCCAUUGAGGCAUCUUAACACAGAAUUUGUUACUGUUUAUCAGAAGAAUUGCGUUUGAGAGCAUGAAGAUAAUGGAUUUGCAGUCAGAUGAAGAGACAACGAUGCCUUUAUUAUCAAGUGCUAAGCACAAUUCUGUGACAAACGGUGAUAAAUUCUUUUUGUUUUUUUCCUUCGCUGCGUUAUUUUCAUACGAACAAACCAAAAAUCCAUGGUGAGCGGUUGCAGUGUGGGCCGAUGCGUCUUUUCUGCGGAGACUUGGGGACAGUGGUGGGUGCGAUGGUGCUGCGACUCGAGCAAUACUUCCCGGCAGCCGAGCUGGCACUGCUCAGCGCCUGCUCCUCGGUCAGCUGCUGAAUUUACUUGAAGGAUGUAGAGUAAUUUUACACGAUACUCAAGUGUGUACAAUUAGGUCAAAGCAUUGUGCAAUGGUUUCCUAGUAAUUUGUACGAUUGAGGGUCCUGAGUGUUUGGACGUCGGCUCUCACAGCAGAGUGAUUUUAACUAUUGAAUUUAACCAAAGUCGCCAGUGACUCUUGCAACUCUGAAUGUAAACUAAUGGAGGAACCUGACCACCAAGGAGAUUGUUUGCCCAGUUUCAAAGCACAUUGUCUACAAAUGGAGAUUGAAAUAAUUUAUAAGAAUAUUGACAUUACUAUGUUUUUUAAAAAGUUCUUAAUUUUUCACUAAAAGGAGGAAGCUAUUAGUUUUAUUAAAUAUGGUAGAUAUUAAAAUUCCUCUUAGAAAACCAGUGAUCCAAUGGUCCCAGUUUGAGCUAAGUACCCUGUGAGUGAAAUGAAUUAGUGACAAUCAGAACAAGUCUUAGUAACAGAUAUUCAAGAGGAAGUUGCUAUUGUUGCAUUGAUUUUAAUAUUUGUACAUAAACACUGAUUUUUUUGAGCAUUAUUUUGUAUUUGUUGUACUUUAAUACCUGUACAGUUCCAGAAAUAAACAUCUGGAAAUCUUUUUUUUC